GCUUUGCGGGAUUACUUAUUCACUGUGUUCCUGGCUCUGAUCCAAGCCGCCUGUCUCUGCCUCCCGUGUGCAGCUCAUCGGGAAUGCAGCAGGCUCGCAGCCCCCGGGGGCGAGCAAAGGCGGGCGGAAGGGUAACUAAGGCAGCAGACUCGGUCCGGAUGGAUUUCAUUGCCGGGGCCAUUGGAGGUGGUCUAAGCACAGCAGUGGGGUAUCCGCUGGAUACAGUCAAGGUGAGGAUUCAGACCGAAAGGCGUUACAGAGGAAUUUGGCACUGCAUCCAAGAAACGUACAGGACGGAAAAGGUCUGGGGCUUUUACAAAGGCGUAUCUGCCUCCGUCUUCUCGGUAUCACUGAUUUCCUCUGUUUCGUUUGGCACCUACAGAAACUUCCUCCGCAGCAUCUGCAAAUGGCGAUACGGUACAGCUGACGCAAAGCCCUCCAAGCUGGAUAUUGUCCUUGCGGGAAGCGCAACGGGCGCCGUCCGGGUUAUGCUGAUGACACCUAGCGAGGUAGCUAAAGUUCGAAUGCAGACGCAGAGGCGACCGCAUCCGUCUGCGGCAUCUCCCCACUGUGCCUCCAAACCCAAGUACCAAGGAUCUCUGCACUGCCUGAGGGUCAUAGCGAAGGAGGAAGGUUUUGGGGGCCUCUACAAAGGCUGCUCUGCGUUACUCUGCAGGGACUGCUCCUCCUCUGCCAUAUAUUUCCUUACCUAUUCUGUUCUGUGCAACUGGCUUACACCAGAGGGGAAAAAUAAACCAGGUUUCCUGGUUGUGCUGCUUUCUGGUGGCUUUGCUGGGGUCCUGGCCUGGGGAUUAGCUACUCCCAUGGAUGUCAUCAAAUCCCGGCUGCAAACGGACGAGUCGGGACAGCACAAGUACAAAGGCCUCGUCCACUGCGCCCGGGAAAGCGUGAGGCAGGAGGGAGUCAAGGUGCUUUUCAAAGGACUGGGAUUGAACUGCAUGCGCGCGUUUCCCGUCAACAUGGUUGUCUUUGUAACGUAUGAGGCUGUACUGAGGUUUACGAAUCGUCUUACAAAUGAAAAAUAGCUUAUGUCACUCCGUUCAAAGGGGUAUUUUUUAAUUUUUUUUUUUUUUGUAACAACACACACAAAAACCGCUGAACUCUGCUCUCACUGAUGGUCAGGGUAAGAGGAAGGGGCAUUGCAGCACAAAACUAGAUGACUGAUCUUCUCAGUGUACUCUCACAGCAUCGCAAACUCACAAGGAAGUCUUGCACUUUCAGUCAAUUUUCCUUUUAUCCUGUUAACGCACAUAGACUGCAGCUACUGCCCAAGCCACUGAAACGUUUGCAAAUACUCAUGUUCUAAAAAGCUGCCAGUCUGGCUAGAGAUUUUUGACAAAAGAUCCACCUUUUCUACAAAGUACAAAAGCUGAUCUUUACUACCAAGGCAAGAGUCCAGGGCAGUUUGUGUGUGUUAGAUUUAACACUAUACAAUGUGUGCUGUUUAUAUGUAAUACAUUGUAUUGCAUUCAGUUAAUAACAUACGUAUUUGUACUUCAAGCCACAACUGGCUGCCCUUUCGUUCCUCUCUGUAAUUUUGUCCAAGCGCUCCACAAUUAUAUCCCUUUGGAAGCAGCUGGAAUAUGAAUUGCACUGCUUUUUCCUGUGGUCUUUAAAUGAGUGGCAGACCUAGUCUGUUUACAUAACCUCUCUAAUGGCC